UUUCGCGCGCUUUCGACGGCUGCUGUCAAAGCGGCGGAGUUUCAAACUUUUAAUUUUUUAAUUUUCCCAAAAAAAAUAUAUCGAGGCAACGGGCGUUACAUUUUCAGCCCAAUUAUGUCGGACAAAUGACAAAAUAUAGAUAGGAAAUAGUUUUAAUUUAACAAAAUUGGAGUGGGAAUAUUUCGAUGUAUUUUCUUUUGAUUACCUGAUUAAAAAACUAGUUUCUUAAAUUAUUUAUUGAAUAAAUAUGUAGAAUAAUAAAUAAGGAACGUGAUUUAAGUGAAAAUGGCAGCGGGAAGGAUAUUAUGGAUGUCCUUGCUACUAAUUCGCCUAUGGCUCGGUGCAGGCGAUCUUUGCUAUGCACAGUCAACGCUGGUGGCGUUCCAGGACCUGCUGCCCGAGGAUCCCCGCCUCUACGACAAGAUGCGGCCUCCGAAGAAAGACGACCAGCCCACCAUCGUCAACUUCCACGUCACCGUCAUGGGGCUGGACUCCAUCGAUGAGAACUCCAUGACUUACGCAGCGGACAUAUUUUUUGCUCAAACCUGGAAAGACUUUCGGCUCCGACUGCCGGAAAACAUGACGACUGAAUACAGGCUGCUCGAAGUGGACUGGCUGAAGCAGAUGUGGAGACCAGACUCCUUCUUCAAGAACGCCAAAUCCGUCACCUUCCAGACCAUGACCAUCCCCAACCACUACGUGUGGCUGUACAAGGACAAGACCAUCCUCUACAUGGUGAAGCUGACCCUGAAGCUGAGCUGCGCCAUGAACUUCCUCAUCUACCCCCAUGACACGCAGGAGUGCAAGCUGCAGAUGGAAAGCUUAUCACACACGACAGAUGACCUGAUCUUCCAGUGGGACCCUGAAGUCCCCCUGGUGGUGGACGAGAACAUAGAACUGCCUCAGCUGGAGCUGGUGCAGAAUAGAACUGCCGACUGCACGCAGGUUUAUUCUACAGGAAACUUCACCUGCCUUGAAGUGAUAUUCAAGCUGAAGCGUCGGCUUGGGUACCACUUGUUCAACACCUACAUACCGACCUGUCUAAUUGUUAUUAUGUCUUGGGUUUCCUUCUGGAUCAAACCUGACGCAGCCCCGGCGCGCGUGACGUUAGGCGUCACGUCACUACUGACUUUGUCGACGCAGCACGCCAAGUCCCAAGCUCAGCUUCCACCUGUAUCGUAUCUGAAAGCUGUUGAUGCAUUCAUGUCUGUUUGUACUGUUUUCGUGUUCAUGGCACUGAUGGAGUACUGCCUGGUCAACAUCAUCCUUGAUGACAGAGGCGGGAAGCCGAAGGAACCAGCGGAAGCAGCCAAGGCCCGCAUGCGCGCGGUGAGCAUCGACAGAUUUUCUCGGGUCUUCUUCCCUCUCCUCUUCGCGGUGCUAAACGCCACCUACUGGAUCCAGUUCGCGCAGUACAUCUGAUUGUCCUAAACGACACGUUAUUGUGUCCUUACUUCCUUCAUGCAUCUUCAGAUAUGCCAACUUGGUGACCGAUUGUAAAUGCCAAUUUAUCGUACAAUCGACCGAUUAGGACUCUUGGAUUCUAGGCGUUAAUUUUAAGUUGCUCCGGUUUCUUUAAACUCGACCUACAUCGACAGGUCUAAAUCUAGUGCUAUCCUAUUCCACGAGGAGCUUUAAGAAAGAGAGUAAUACCUUUAGAUUUGUCCCUUUAGUCUAGUUAAGGUAUAAGAAUAAGCUACAAUGGCUGUUAUUCCUUGGAACUUGCAAUCCCUCUAGCAGCUUUUUUUUUAAAUUCAAGCUUCUCUACGGGAGCUAUGAAAAAUGCUAUCAUUUGAAUAUCUGAGCUGCUCCCUGAUAGGUACGACGCUCAGCUUCUGAAAAAAAGUGAUAUAACCUACUGGGCAUCGAGUCCAAAUUAUCUCAAAAAAAAAAUCUGGACCAAUUCGCUAAAAAUUGCAUUUCUGGAAAUUAAAAUCAAGAUUUCUAUCGAUUUUCAGCAGAAUCUACUGAAAUAUAUAUAUUCUGAAUAUAUAAUAAAAAAUUCUUCAUUGUACGUCAGUCAGCAGCUAUACUUGUUCUGAUGGUUCAAUUGAUUACAUUUCCUUGGCAAUUUACUGGUGGAAUCUAAAGUUUUCUGGCUUGCGUUGCUGGCAGAUCUGUAGAUGCUACUCAACCUUUAUUAAUUGGAGCUAAUCUGUUACUAGUCAUUGCUAUAAAUGUAACGGUAUUAUGUUUGAUUUCUUGAAAGCAUUCUGCUGAAUGCAGUUCGUACUUCUCUUUAAAUAAUAAUCUGAUUUAAUUUAAACCUUUUCUUUCAUGAGUAUAGGUCUAAACUUUUAAUGUUAUCUUAAGUUUAACUUACUUUCGAAUGGUGUUUUAUUUUUCCGCCUUUCACUCUUUUUUACCCCACUGCGGCAAAGCCAAAAGGAAGGGUUAUAAUUUUUUUAGAUAGCUUUAGAGCCAACUCAUUUUAUAAUUU